GGAUUGCGCUGAUAAAAAUUUUUGUAAAAUGUGUGAGAUAAAGUCCUAGAAGUUCGUUUGUUUGCAAAAAUUAGUUCGAAAGUUCCUUUGGUGUAAGUUCAUGUGUACGUUGUAAAAGACCACCGAGAGAAUUUAUUUUAUUAGGCAUAUUUAUGACGAUGCUGUGGUUUUGUAUGAUAUAUUUUUGGGGUCAUACAGUUUACGUUGCUUCUCAGGGGAUUUACAAGGUAACAGCUCCAAAAGUAAUCCGCCCAAACACCGAUUAUCAUGCUGUAGUGAGUUUACAAGGAGCAUCUGUUCUAACUACCUACUUUGAUGUUAUUAUAGAAGGCAUAAGGAAUGAUGGACAACGUUAUAGAACAGAAGAAACCGUAAAAGUUGCACCUUACUCUUCUGAAAUAGCAACGUUAAAGGUCGGAGAUAUUCUUCCCGGCAAUUAUUCCCUUUUAUUAGCUGGGAGGAGCGGUUUUAAACUGUACGAUUCUGUUCCGUUAAUAUAUUCCCCAAAGACCUAUAGUGUAUUAAUUCAAACUGACAGAGCAGUUUAUAAUUCCGGAAAUAGGAUUUUAUUUAGAGCUUUAAUUCUUAAUUCACAACUGAGACCAGUUGCUGAUCUGAAACAAAAACGUUUUGAUGUUUUCAUUACAGAUGGAGAUGGCAAUAGGAUUAAAGAGUGGAAUAGUGUGGUUGCCCCAAAAGGAGUCUUUACAGAAGAAGUACUUGUUAGUAAUAAUCCAGUUCUUGGCAAUUGGCAUAUUUCAGUUAGAAUUGAAGGCCAAAUCUACAAUAAAACUAUUGAAGUAGCUCAGUAUAUUCUUCCAAAGUUUAUUGUAAAUAUCCAAGCGCCCAAAUAUGUCACUUUCAAGGAAAAUACCUUGACCGCACAUAUUCAGUCAUUUUAUAAUUACGGUAAGAAAGUGAGGGGAGAUGCGACAGUGACUGUGUAUCCCACAAUUGUCUCAGGUGUUAUUCAACCCAUAUUUCAAAACCCUAUUCGAAAAGUAAUUCCAAUCGAUGGUUCCGCAUCUGUAGAUUUUGACAUUGCAAACGAUCUCAGACUAAGUGACGAAUACGAACGAACUGUAAUAGUAGAUGUUACCAUCGAAGAAGCACAUACUGGUCGUAGACAAAACAACAGUGUCGAAGUGCAUAUACGGAAGUAUCCCUAUAAAAUCGAAAUAAUUAAGACCUCCGAUUAUUACAAACCUGGUUUACGAUACACAGCUUUUAUUAAAAUCAGCAACCAAGACGGUACACCAGUACAAGACAAGACUAACCCUGUGAAAGUAAAAUACGGCUUCUCCAGAGUGGGUGAGGUGUAUACGGAAAAAGAGUACACGUUAGAUAGCAAAGGUUUGGUAAAAAUAGAGUUGGAUACUCCUCCAAAAGCAUCCAAUAAAACGGCAUUAAGGAUAGAGGCAGAAUAUUUAGAACUUAAAGAGCGUAUGCCACCUGUUCCUUCUGCAGUCUCUCCUAGCAAUACGUAUCUCCAGGUUUCUUUAUUAACCGAUAAAAUUACCGUAAAUACUGGUGCAAUGGUUUUAUUAAAUUGCACAGAACCCAUGAAGCAUAUUUCAUAUGAAAUAAUAAGCAGAGGUGAUAUUGUUACGGCGCACUCGCACGACAUACAAAAUAGAAAGGAAUUUAAUUUCCACUUCACGGCAUCUCAUGCAAUGGUUCCCGUUUCACACUUGAUCGUUAAUUAUGUUCGAGAGGAUGGUGAACUUGUAGCCGAUUCAAUUGAUAUACAAGUUGAUGGACUUUUACAGAACAGUAUCGAUGUUCAAUUAAGUCGUCCAGACGCAGCCCCAGAUUCCGAAAUAGAUGUAACUAUUAGGGCAGAGCCAAAUUCUUACAUAGGUCUUUUGGCCAUUGACCAAAAUAUCGCUGAUUUAAGAAGCGGUUAUGACAUUACCCAUGAUAUGGUUUUCAAAGAACUUUUGGGCUACGAUCCUUCAAAUUUAUCUCCUUAUUGGGCAGUUUUAAAGGACAUUAUGUCUCAUUUUUAUUGGAAGCCUGGGGGUGGCAAUGCGAAAGAUAUUUAUCAUGAUUCUGGAGCUGUUUUAUUAACAAACGGUUUAGUGUCUGAGUACAGACCUACUUUGGAAGAUAUUUAUUUGAGACCAGUGUUUUACGAAGGAAGUACCGUAAAACCGGAUACUGGCGUAGGGUUACCGUUACCCUCUGCAACUAGACCCCCCCUUGCUGGUCCAUACGCGUUCAGCAGAAUUCCAAAACCUGUUUGGAAUAACCCUAAGGUUUAUCUUCAAAGUAACGUGGCAGAUACAUGGCUUUUUACAAAUUUUUCCUCAGGAUUUGAAGGCAAAGCUUCUAUCCAUCGGAAAAUUCCAAGUUCUAUCACCACAUGGCUAGUUACGGGUUUUUCUUUAGAUUCGGCCUACGGUUUAGGAAUUGUCAAAGCUCCAAAACGACUUCAGGUUGCAAAAUCAUUUUCAGUAAAUUUUGAUAUUCCUCAUUCUGUACAACGUUUGGAAACUUUAUCUAUUCCCGUUGUUGUCUACAACAAUAUGGCUAACGAUAUGCCCGUCGAAAUUACACUGCAUAACAUUGAAAAUAACUUUGAAUUCACCAGACCUUUGAGCGAAAGUAAUGACACUAAAAAAGUUGAACUUUAUAAGAAGAAAAAACUAACUGUAUUAGGUAAUAGUGCAAUGUCUACAUCGUUUAUGAUAACACCAACUAAAAUAGGAUUAACAGAAAUUAAAAUAACUGCAGGCGGUGUUGGUGGUCAAGACACAUCCAUUAAAAAUCUUUGGGUCAAGGCUGAAGGAGAGACCCAAUACUAUACGAAAACAUUGUUUAUUGACUUGCGCAAUAAAAGAGAUUUUGAUGGUAAUCUGACUAUCGAUAUACCGAAAAACUUUGUGCCGAAUUCUAAAAGUAUAGAAGUUUCGGUGGUUGGUGAUAUAUUGGGCCACACAAUGAUUAAUUUGGAGAAUUUAAUUAGACUUCCAACUGGUUGUGGGGAACAAAAUUUUGUUCAUUUAAUGCCUGAUGUAAUCAUACUAAAAUAUCUCAGAAACAGCGGCCAACUUACUCCCACCAUCGAAACGCAGGCUAUCAAAAACUUAGAACUUGGUUAUCAAACACAAUUAGCCUACAGAAGAAACGACGGUUCUUUUAGUGCCUUUGGAAAAAGAGAUGACGUUGGAAGUAUCUGGAUUACAGCAUACACCGUGUUGGUUUUGACUAAAGCGAAAGAAUUUAUUUAUGUAGAUGAAGAAAUUAUUCAAAAAGCUUUGCAAUGGCUGAAUGAAAAGAAAUACGCAGAUGGAAGCUUUUUCGAAACAGGACCCAUAAUUCACCAUGAAAUACAAUCUAAUCCUCUUGCAUUAACAGCAUUUGUUCUUCUGGCAUUCAUUGAAGCAAAGGGUCAAAAUAAAGCUUAUCUAGAGAUUAUGGGCAGAGGGUUGGAUUACGUGGGACGAAACAUUGAUGAAAAUAAUGAUGCCCACACUCUUGCCGUUUGUAGUUACGUUUUGAAGCAAGCUCUUCACCCUAGGGCGCGAAUCGCUUUUAAUUACCUCGACUUGAAAGCGAAAUCCGAUGGGAAUAUGAAGUGGUGGGCUAAAGAUGUUCCAGAACUUAAAAACAACAAUCCCUGGAAUCGUCUCCCAAAAUCAAUAGAUAUUGAAACUACGGCAUAUGGACUCUUGACUUUUAUAGAAUCUGGGAGAUUGGAGGAUGCGAUUCCUGUAAUCAACUGGCUAGUUGGGCAGGAAAGUGAUUUAGGGGCGUUUACAUCAUCCCACGACACUGUUCUUGGUUUAUAUGCCAUAUAUAAACUAGUCUCGAAACUUUCUGUAAAGCCAUCAGUUGAAAUACAAUAUUCUUUCAACAAAAACGUUAUCGGCAGGUUUAAAAUAAACGAAAAUUCUGCCAUGAUUGUUCAGAAAGCAAGUAUGCCAAAUAAUGUCGAUAAAAUUAAUAUAACAGCUCAAGGUUCAGGUGUAGCACUUUUCAGAGUGACUUAUAAAUAUAAUGUGAAUGUCACGGGACCUUGGCCAUUAUUUACUUUAGACCCACAGGUCGAUAAAAAUUCAAACGCAAAUCAUUUACAACUUUCAAUAUGUACAGGAUUCGUGAGCCCCAACUUGACGCAAAAUCAAGAGAGUAAUAUGGCUGUAAUGGAGGUAACAUUACCUUCAGGAUUCACGGCAGAUGUUGAUUCUUUACCAAGUUUGGAAGUGUCGCAGAAUGUUCAGAAAGUUCAAACUAAAAAUGAGGACACAACAGUCAUACUUUAUUUUAAUAACCUUACAACUACUGAGUAUUGCCCCACAGUUUCGGCUUACAGGACACAUAAAGUAGCUUACCAAAAGCCUGUGCCAGUUAUAGUCUAUGAUUAUUAUGAUAGCACACGUCGGGCUAGGGUUUUUUACAAGGGCACUACUUCAACAUUUUGUGGUGUAUGUGAAGACGAUUGUGAUAAGUACUGUACCAGUAGUGAACAACGUACGGGAAAUGAUAAUGAAAAUGACAACGAUAGCACAAGGGGAAGUACACAGAGCAGUGUAUCCACAAAUAACAUUCCUCAAAUCGCUCUAAUCUUCAUAUUGACGUUACUGUUAAUUAAAGAUAUUUAGGUUUCUUAACUAACAAAAGAAUUAAUUUAUUAAUUGAGAUCCUUAUACUGCACAAUAAAAUGAUUUAUUAGUAAUAUAUGUAUAACAUACAUGCAUUACGUAUAAUUUUCUAAAACCAGAAGAAUAAAAAUGAACCAAUCACGUUGACAAUACAAAACAGGGACACAAAAUGGUAAUGCGUGAUCUAAAAGGGUUGUGAUAAUAAUGUAUUUUACUACGAAAUGAUCACCUUUUAAAAACACAAAUUAUAUGUAAUUAUGAAAAGCCAUUGUACGUAUUUACAAUAGUUUUCAUUUUAUUUAGUUUACUGUCUCAAAUAUUCGUAAUUAAG